AUGACAACUAAGUACCGGAAAGAAACCGACAUACGCAAAUAUCAGCUUCACGCUUCACCGCCGGCCCUCGAAACGACGCACCCGACUCUCCUCGCCCCUCAUACUUUUGUACCCACUUGCACUCACCCUUGUACCCUACCUUCCCCCCCCCCUUGUAUACGGGAUGCCUCCAAAGCAGUGAACCCCCAUCAAAGGGUCAUCCAUUUCUUCUGUUAUGCCAAGUACCAAGGGUACUGUAGACAGCCGACGCAACAACUCGCUGUCACUCUCCUUUCAUCUCUCUCGACCUUGAAUUCCCAAACACAUCUACUGCUCCUUUCACGCUCUACACCUAUUGCACCUUCUACACCUAUUGCACCAGGUACCUGA